GGCCGUUGGCACACGGUACAGCUGGGGGCCGCCGAAGGCCGCUGGGCUCUGGCGUUGGACGCCUGCCUGGAAACCAUGGCUGCCGGCGAGCGCUCCCUCCUCCUCCCUUCCGGCUCUUCCUCCGCCGUCGCCGUCACUUUGGGUUCUUUCACCCCAGCCCCCCAUUUCUGGGAGGGCUCCGAGGAUCGUUGGCCUCGUGUGUUGGCCCUCAAAAGCCGGGCCACGGCUCUGUACGGGGCGGGCGCGUUGCUCCCGGCCGCCCGCGCCUUUUCGGCCGCCCUCCGCUUGGCCGUGGCGGCCGGCGGACCCCCCCCUCUCCCCCCGUGCCGGGCAGACCCCAAAGCCGACCUCCACGCCGGUUUGGCUCUCUGUCAGCUCCGGAUGGGUUUACCGGCGGCGGCGGCGGCCAACGCGGGCAAAGCUUUGGCUUUAAGGCCGGGUCACGUUAAGGCCCGGUACCGGAGGGCGUUGGCGGCGGCGGCCAUGUUGGACUGGGAGGGGGCGGCGCAGGAUUUGGGGGAGGUGCUGAGGGUGGAGCCGGGAAACCGGGCGGCCAGGAGGGAAUUGGGCCGGGUGAGGGCGGCCAUCAGGGAGAGGGACGCCGGCAUGGCCAGGGGGCUGGGGAGGCUGUUUGCAUAGGAGGGGGCGGGGCCGGAAAGAGGGGCG